AUGGCAAGUAGCGUCGUAACCGCUCUUUUUGGGUCUUAUGACCUCCGAAAUGCCAAACAAUGGCGAACUGAAGACAUGACGUAUCGGGAACAAGAAAUUCAAUGGUUAAAUGAUGAUAUUGUGCGCGCACAUCAAUGGCGUAUUAUUGAUAUGGAACGUUUUUUACGACGUGAAAAAAUGCAAAGUGAACAUUUAGUCUGUGAAGCUCGUGCGGAGCAGCUUUCAACUGUUUCGGAACAGUCGACACUAUUGUGUGGUUUUAUUAUAGGUGCCAUGUGCAAUGUAAGCGUACCGGAUAAUGUUCAUUCCUAUGUAGUAUUCAUAUAUACAGUAUCAGGUACUUUCGUAUGUGUGUUAAUGCUCAUUUGUGCCGUCAUGUGCACAAAUUUGCAACUUGCAGUGACACGAUACGCAGCUCAUACUCUUGAAGAUAGUGUACGAGCAAUGGACAUGACACAAUUGGAAUGGGAUUCACCCUUUAGUUUAUGGUGGUUGAGACGGUGUGAAAAGGAACAGGUCACGGCUUACAAGUUCAUGCUCUUUGGUGUCGCAUUUUUCUUUCUCUACUUGGGAGCUGUCUCGUGGGUUCAAUUCUACAUGUCUACAGCCACAUCACUUAGUAUUUCAUCACUAUCGUUUGUGGGCUUUUUGAUUUGGCAAUUACGCAUUGCGAGCAAGUGGAGGUAUCUCCUUGCACCGCCAUCGCCGGCAAGUGGGAGGACUGGGUCGGGGUCGUCUGCACGCAGUGCACUGUCGCAGUCGUAUCUCUCGGCGCCGAGAACACCGUUGGGGCUGAGGAAGACUAUACUGGAAUCGGGUGCUGGAAUUUCAGCGUCAUCAUCCAGUUUUACAAAGGCAAUUACACCGUCACGAAAGUAA